ACACAUCGCACCUUCGGUGCAACAAAGUCACAAAUAGCCAAAUCUGCAAAAUCGAACUAAGUAUGCCAAACUGUUUCUGAAUCAUGCCUUUACUUGGGGCAACAAAAACAUCCGCGGAGGUAUCUCAAAAUUCUACUAGAUGGCGCGAGUGCCUUUGUGGUUAUUGGCGGUUUUUCCAUGCGCUUUGGGCCGACAACGCUUCAUUGGACAGUAGUGCCCCCGCGCCCGCGAGUGUUUGACGUACGUUGGAGCUACAGCCACACAAAGAGAGCAAUGGGUUCCCGAAGUAAAAAAAUUCUUUCUAUGGUUCCCAUUCCCGACAAUAAUUUAAAGAAAAACAAUACAUUCGUUGAAAACUGGUUAGCGAACUGUCAUCCGGAAGAUCAGGACAAUGAUCAUGAUUCCAAGUUAGAAUCCUCUCGUUUUUCCGUAAAUAAUAUCACCAGUACUUCCUGCGAAGCAAAAAAUGAACUGUCAGCUACUGACAGGAGCACAGUAUGUGAUAAUGCCGUGGAUACAGUAAUUCAAGAAGUAAAUGCUGAUUUAAUUUUACUAAAUACCGUAACAGAGAAUGUCACAUCGAAAGAUAUAGAAAACGCAGUCAUUACUACAGAUAGCAAAACAUUUAACCUUUCUGAUGAUGAAGAAAUAGUUUCAUCCAAUGUUGUUAUCGCAGAUGUAGUGCCAGAAACCACAUUAGCAAAAAGUAUGCUAAGGCCAGAUACUGUCUCGAAUGAAAUGAACUCAGAUAACAAUGAAGAUUUUUCCGCAAGUGAUGGAUCUGAAUAUGAACCACCGCAAAAAAAGGCACAAAAAAAAGUUUUUCAGCCAAUUCGUAGAACAUCCAGUUCUAGCAGUGAUUCCUCUACCUCUAGCAGUGGUUCUUCCAGCUCAAGUACCGGAUCAUCUAGCUCAAGUUCAUCUAGCUCUGGCAGUCGUUCCAAGCACUCUAAAUCUACAUCUCGCUCCGAACAUCCUUCUAAUGUGUCAAUUGUACAUCAUAAUGCAGCUUCUGAGAAUAUUCAACCAAGCAUUGAACAAGCAAGUAUUGUAACAAAGGCUAAAAAAAGAACCAGAAACCCAAGUCAGUGGCAAAAGAACCAGAGAAAGCAAUUAAAAAACACUGGUCAAGCAUACACAUCAUCUAGAGGUAAAUCCAUGCCGCAAAAAAGUAUUCGACCACCUUGUACGAGUACCUGCCGAUUGUCUUGUUCAAAUAAGUUCACCACAGAAGAUAGGGAUGUAAUAUUUAAGACAUACUGGGGCCUUAAUUCUUUUCAAAGACAGCGUGACUUCCUUGCUUCUUGUGUAAAGCAAGUUGAACCUGAAUUCCGUACCAUCAAGAUUCGAAAAGGUGGCGACGUGAAUAGAAAAUGUAGAAAACCAAACACAUCGUACUUUCUAGUAAAUAGAGGUAGUGAAAUAAGGGUUUGUAAAACGUUCCUAUUGAAUACAUUGGCUAUAAGUAAUAAACCACUACGCACUGUAACUGAAAAUAAAUUUGCAAGCACAAGUGUAAUUCCAACGGAUAAACGCGGUAAGCACGGAAAACAGUCAAAGUUGGAUGCUGAAACAAUACAAUCUGUACGUGACCACAUUAAUUCAAUUCCUAGAAUGGAAAGCCAUUACAUCAGAGCUAAUUCAUCAAGAGAGUAUAUAGAUGGAGGUUUGACUGUAGCCGAACUUCACCGUAACUAUAGUCAAAAACGUAUAGCUGACAACAAGGCACCAGCAAAUUACGACGCAUACCAUCGGAUUUUCAAUACCGAAUUUAAUAUCAGCUUUUUUAUUCCGCGUAAAGACCAAUGUGACGUGUGUGAGGCCUUUAAGAAUGCUGUAGAUAAAGAACCGUUGAUGUCCAGCUAUAAACUACAUCAAGAGGAAAAGAGUCUUAGUAGAAUAGAAAAAAAACAAGAUAUAGACGAGUGUAAAAAGCCUGAUAGCAAUAGCAUUGUGGCUAUAUUUGAUCUUCAAGCCGUAUUGCCUUGUCCUAUAGGUCAAUCGUCGGCAUUUUUUUAUAAAAGUAAACUUAAUUGCUAUAAUUUCACAGUAUCAGAUAUUAAGAUUAAUAAAACAUUCUGCUUCUUUUGGCAUGAGGGUCUGGGUAAACGAGGAGCCAAUGAAAUAGGUUCUUGUUUGUACAAUUUUUUAAAAGAAUGUUCUUCGACUAAACCAAAUUCAGACAUAACUUUUUUCUCGGAUAACUGUUGUGGCCAACAAAAAAACAAAUUUAUUCUUAGUUUGUAUUAUUAUGCCGUUUCAACCUUGCCAAUUAAAUCCAUUACACACAAGUUUCUAAUUCGUGGACACACGCAGAACGAAGCUGAUAGCGUCCACUCUGUAAUAGAGAAAAAUAUUCGUCGAGCAAAAAAAUCAGGGCCAAUUUACACCCCAGAUCAAUAUGUGGCUCUAAUUCGUAAUGCUAAAAAAACCGGUAACAGUUUUACUGUUAAUGAAAUGAGUUUUGAUAGUUUCUACGAUUUAAAGUUACUUUCUAACGAUAUUAACUUGAACACGGGCAAGAAUAUUGACGGCGAAACAAUCAGGAUUUCUGAUGUCAAAGUCGUGAAAUUCAUUAAAGAUUCUGAUACCUAUUUGUACAAAACCACGUAUAAAAGUGAACGUUGGAAAGAAGCUAAAAUUAAAAUUAGUCGUGCAGGCAAAAAAAAUAUCUCAGAUAUUCAAUUGUGUGCGGCAUACAGCUCUAAGUUACCAAUUGCGAACAAUAAAAAGCAAGAUAUUCAACAACUAAUAACUGCUAAUAUAGUUCCAAAAUAUUAUGAAAACACAUUUAAUAGUUUAUUUGAAUAAUAACAUCUUUUUGAUAUUUAUAUUAUAAUAAAAAAUAUAAAUAACUUUUAAUAAUAGGAACGAACAAUGUUCUUAAUAGUAUUCAUUUAUUGUUAAUUAUUUCUUAAUAAGUAUCGUUUGCUGUCUACUGUAAUGACAACAAAAAGUAAUGUUGAUUUUGACCUACCUUUUUUGAUAAAAAGCUUUCUAUUGUUUUUAUUUUUCUAAGAAUUUUAUUGUUUAUAAUUUUGAAGAGUAUUAUGAAACCAUUAAGACUUAUUAUGAGACUGCUCGUGAAUUCCUUAGUGUAAAAGACUGUUUAUUAUGUAAGUCUGCAUUUUAUACAAUUUGAUUGUAACUCAAAGUAUGAAAAUGAUGCCAAUUAAUGUUGUAGUUAUAAGAAUUUAAUUGUUUUUCGUUACCUUUUUGUUAGUAGUUGAUUUUUAGAGAGGAAAAUAUAGAAUUAUGUUUGAUUA